AUGGCUGAACUUUUCCUGGGCUAUGUGCUCAACUGUGACCAAAUGUCAACCUCGUCCUUGAAUGGCCCGAUACGGAAGAACCUCAAGCCGAGGACUGAUCAACAUCCAACGGAAUAUCCCUCGGUCAAGCGUCUCAUGAACACACAAGCUCAGUGGGCUAUCGAACACGACACCGUGAUGUGUCGAUUGAACCAUCACGCGCUUCGCAUUAUCCCAAGGGAGAUAUUGAUUCACACCAAUAUCUCGGACGCAUUCUCCGAUGUUCUAACGACCUUCUAUUACUAA